GCAAGCUUUAACGUAUGGAAGCAUGUCAUCUCAAGUUUUGAUCCAGAAGUUUGAAGAAACGGAUCCACUCCUUAUUGAUGACAUCGUCCAAGGAGUGUGUGGAUGUAUUACAGAACCUGUAAGGCAUCCUGAAUUAUCUUUAGAUUUUUUGAGAAAUGAUCCUAGAGGGAAACAGAUUGAACCUGAUAUUAAUAAAAUUUCAAAGAAAUACAAUAACGAUAAUACCCAUGUUUUUUCUACACAAAGAGAAGGGAAAAUUAAUGAAGUAACCCCACCCAAUUAUCGUCCAUAUAAUGAAUUGAUUCGAGAAACUAAAUUACCUGUACAAAAAUAUGGCAAGGUGCCCGAUUCGUAUACUAUCUCCUUAAAAGAUAGGAAUAUUAUGCUACAGAAACUAGAUCAAUCGUGGAAUCUUCAGCAAUAUGACAAUACAACAGAUGCUAGUAGAUUAAAACACAUUUUAUUCGAUAUGCAUAUGGUUUUGGCUACUAAGAGAAUGUUUCAAGCUGAAACUGAGUUUGACCAAAAUAAAAAUUCUCAGUUAACUAAAUCGGAAGGGACUUCACUCAUGCCUAUGUCAAAUAUACACUCUAAAGAACAAAAGGGGGAUCAACGAUUAGUUUUGCCAUCCGGUUUCGAAAAAUCUAUUUCUACAAAUAAUAGAAGACUUAUCACUUCUUCAGAUCCUUACCUAAUAAGUGAAAUACAACGUGAAAAGCAGCAAAGACAUCUAUCAUUACAAGAUAUAACAUCCCAUGCUGAGACAUUCCGGAAAUCAAUUCUUGCUUCAGAUCCCUACCUAGUGAACGAAAUACAGCGUGAAGAACAGGAGAAGUAUUUAACAUUGCAAGAUAUAACAUCCCAUACUGGGGCAUUUCGAAGACCAAUCCUCACUUCAGACCCCUAUUCAAUGGAUGAGAUGCAACGUGAAGACCAGGAAAGAAAUUUGCCAUUGCAGGAUGUAACAUUUAAUACUGGAAUAUUUCGAAGACCAAUUUUGCCUAGUGAUUUAAAAUUUCUUUAUUGGCAACAACAAGAAGAUCAGAAUCAGAAUUUUGUUCCUUCAUCGCAAAAACCACAUCCGGCUAAAGGGAUAUUACCAGUCAUCUAUUCAGAAAAAGCGGUACAGGGAAGUCUAGUCAGUAAUACAUUUCCUAACGCACAUUUAACGAAUAUCGCUAAGACGUUACCUAAAUCUGCUGGAGCUGAUCAAUAUAAUAUUCAUGUUUAUAGUUCUGCCCCUCCACAGAUUUUAACAGAAAGAUCGAACCCAGACACUCUUUGGCAACAUACUUAUGAAAAUUCACCCAUAUCUGGGCCACCUCUUUCUAAAUGGCGAAAUCAUACCAAUGAUGCAAUGGCUUUAAGGAAUUCAACUGAAACUGUCUUCGGAUCUAAUGCAUCUGGGAUGUAUGGUACUGCUCCCACUGGACCUAAAACUUUACGCGCAUAUAAAGAAAGUGACUCUAUGAAUUUACAUGACGGAUUG